AUGAUUCUCCCUCAGUCGCCUGAAGUCGGCCUCUCAGAAAUUCGCUCUCGUCGUGGCUGCCUGGGGAGGGCUGACGAGGGGUCGGAUGAACGGACGAAAGCUGCUGUCAUCACGGCGGGCCGCUGUUGCUGUUCGGAGAUGGAGUCGCGCGGCUAUGGUGGAUUGACAGAAAGGCUAAGAUUGGCGAUUGGAAGCUGGGAUCUGCGUCUGCUCGCGAGUUUGCCGGCGAAGAAAGACACGACGGCGUGCGGCGUCACUGGAAGAAAUCGGCAGUCCUUGGCAACUUUCGGUCGGAGCUCGUCUUUGCCGAGAAGAGGGAGAGGUGAUGGGAAAUUUUUAAAGAAGAAGGAGAUGAGGAGCGGCUGA